UGAAUUGGUAUUAUUUGAAGCUUUGUUAAAGCUUCUUUUUCUACUACAGUGACCCUACUUUACCCGGCGAUAACGCCUACUAUGUAAUAACAAGUGGGUGUCAUGACAUGGGUUUGCGGCCUCCUUGCAUCUAUGCACUGAUUGCAUGACCCAGGGAUGUCUCGUCCCGCUCCGUCCCCAAUCUACACCCUGAGGGGGGCUGGCGGGCCCCUCAACACCCUCCACUUUAGCUGCCAUGGAGGAAACACUCCUCUCCUAUUUUCUGGGUCAGGGAAGGGUGCCAUCCAUAUGUGGAACCUGAACACCAGGAGGGCUGAGAGGAUUGUAGAAGGUCAUUCUGGUAGCUCGGUCACCUGGGUCAGCACACUGCAGGGGACAGACACCCUCAUCAGUCAGGGACGAGACAUGCAGGUCUGUCUGUGGGAUCUGAGCGAAGGUCGUAGUGAGGUGACGGACUCUGUGUGGACCGGCAGUGUUGGAUUCUGUCAGUGCUCCUUGCUGGAGACGAGCCCUGGGACACAUUUGCUGGCCUUUGCUGGACAACAGACAGAAGAGAUCAAGAUUAUUGAGCUACCCAGUAAGACCCCGGUCUGCACCCUGGUACCAAACGCUAAGCUGGGGAUGGUCAUGUGUGUCAACCUGUGGCAGCCAGACUCGGGUCCCGGCCCUCUCCUGUUGGCUGGAUACGAGGACGGUUCCCUGUUGCUGUGGGACGUAACCCAGAGAUCCAAGCUGAGCCAAGUUAAAGCCCACCCUGAACCCGUCAUGUGCCUGACCUUUGACACCAAGCGUCUGAGCGGCAUAUCGGGCUCCUCUGAGAAGAAACUCUCCUCCUGGAUGCUGGACAGUCAGAACAACCUACAGCUCCAGGACUGUGUGACACUGGUCAACCCUGGGGUUUCCCAGCUGUGUAUCAGGGGCGACGGGAAGCUUCUGGCCUCGGCCGGCUGGGACCAUCGGGUACGGGUAUUUGGGUGGAAGAAGCUGCGACCACUGGCAGUGCUUCAGUACCACACUGACAUGGUCCUAAGCGUGGCCUUCUCUGACCACCAGGACUCCAGACAAAGACUGCUGGCUGCUGGAUCCAAGGACCAGCGGAUCAGCCUGUGGUCAGUGUACAACGAGGGAGCUGACACUGGCUGACCGUCUCUGGGAGGAAAUAUGGACUUUACUACUGAUGUUGGUGUGACCCCAGGUGGUGUCUGUAGCCAGUAAUAUUCCAGUGCCAUGUUUUGAUAACUGGACAAAUAGACUGUGUAUUAUGUUCAUAUAGAUAUUGUCUCUUGAUAUCGAGUUCCUGCAUUGCAUACUUUGCCAUCUAGUGUCAAGCAAUUUUGCAAGUGGAAGCAGCGCCCAUAAAUAACUACAGCUAGUUAAUUGCUUUGGCAUGAAUCAUGUCAUUACAUGGGGCUGCUUUCAAUCUUCAGACCAACUGUCUCCCCCUUUGCUCUUAAGAGCAAGAAAAAUACAGUAUUAAAACACGGGACAUACAGUGAUAUGCCACCUACACUGUCGGGGUCAGUUGUUUAUAUUUUUAAAAACAGUAGCAUUUGCAUGGAGACUGAGUUUGACAUGUUCAUCCCACACAAUGAGCCCUGUCAGUUUCUUAAUAACCUAAUUUGACUUAAUACAGUUAAUGCUGCAUCCUGCUAAAGGGUUCAUGAAGAAGACACUGACCAAACAUGCUGCUCCGCAUUCACCCUAAAGGUCUAGCGUGUUGGAUUUAGUGAGAUCUAGUGGUGAGGUCGUAGGUUUGCAACCAACUGAAACUUCCCCUGUAUGCCACGCAUUUAGUAGAAAUAUGGUGGCUGGCGUGAAAACACAAAUGGCCCUAUCUAGUGCCAUAUUUUGUUUGUCUACUCUGGGCUUCUGUAGAAACAACAUGGCGGACUCCGCGAAAGAGGCCCUGUUUCAUAUGUUGAUUUAUACGGCUCGUUCUAAGGUAACGAAAACACGAUUCUUAUUUUCAGGUGAUGAAACUGAUGGUAACUGAUGAAGGCAUAGUUAUGAACGUUAUAUACCAUUUUGGCUAAUACAUCUCUAUAAAUCCUACACAUUGGACCCUAGAACAGAUUUUAUUUUGUUCUUAUAUGAACUGAAACUGUAUUGGUAACUACCAACUUAUCAUACUGUUUUCCUGUAAUAAAUCCAAAUAUAAUUUUUCAAA